UGGAGGAUAUGCGCUUUGCAGCAAAGACCUCCUUUACUCCACACACGCUUCUAAGCCUCGCUACUAACUACACUUUAUUCAUCCUCCGUGUCAGGAUAAACUCCACUCGUCUCAGUCAACUUUGGACAUUAUUAGGCCCGCAUAGCUUGCUACUUGUUUUAACGCGUUAGUUAGCUUAGCGUGCUAGUUAGCUUAGCGUGCUAGUUAGCUUAGCGUGCUAGUUAGCUGCUAACAAAGAGACGCGGAUUUGAUCAACACAUCGCUUAGUUAAGAUCAAGUGUGAGUGUAAAGUGUUGUGAUUGUGUGAAAAUGUGUGAAAGAACGAUAGCAGAGUACAAAGAGGAACUUUCUCGGACAAAAGAAGAAAACAAAAGACUACGUCAACUACUGGACGCUGUUUUCAAGAAACCUCAAGUUGUGUUACACAGAACAGAUGUCCAGCAGCCCACCCACAUGAAAGAGGAAGAGGAUGAUCCACAGCCCACCCACAUGAAAGAGGAAGAGGGGGAUCCACAGCCCACCCACAUGAAAGAGGAAGAGGAUGAUCCACAGCCCACCCACAUGAAAGAGGAAGAGGGGGAUCCACAGCCCACCCACAUGAAAGAGGAAGAGGAUGAUCCACACAUGAAAAAGGAAGAGAAUGAUCCGCAGCCCACCCACAUUAAAGAGGAAGAGGAUGAUCCACAAUCCCCCCACAUGAAAGAGGAAGAGGGGGAUCCACAGCCCACCCACAUGAAAGAGGAAGAGGAUGAUCCACACAUGAAAAAGGAAGAGAACGAUCCGCAGCCCACCCACAUUAAAGAGGAAGAGGAUGAUCCACAGCCCACCCACAUGAAAGAGGAAGAGGGGGAUCCACAGCCCACCCACAUGAAAGAGGAAGAGGAUGAUCCACAGCCCACCCACAUGAAAGAGGAAGAGGGGGAUCCACAGCCCACCCACAUGAAAGAGGAAGAGGAUGAUCCACACAUGAAAAAGGAAGAGAAUGAUCCGCAGCCCACCCACAUUAAAGAGGAAGAGGAUGAUCCACAGCCCCCCCACAUGAAAGAGGAAGAGGAUGAUCCACACAUGAAAGAGGAAGAGGAGGAUCCACACAUGAAAGAGGAAGAGGAGGGAGAGUGUGUUGUAGAGCAGGAGGAGGAUGAUGUCAGCAAGUUUCCACUGACUGUUGUCUCUGUGAAGACUGAAGAGCAUGAAGACAAAGCACCUGAGUCCUCACAGCUUCAUCACAGUCCAAACAUCCAGCAGCCCCCUCACAUGAAAGAGGAAGAGGAGGAUCCACAGCCCACCCACAUGAAAGAGGAAGAGGAGGAUCCACUCAUGAAAGAGGAAGAGGAGGGAGAGUGUCCUGUAGGGCAUGAGGAGGAUGAUGUCAGCAAGUUUCCACUGACUGUUGUCUCUGUGAAGACUGAAGAGCAUGAAGACAAAGCACCCGAGUCCUCACAGCUUCAUCACAGUCCAAACGUCCAGCGGGUGUCAGCGGGGAGUCAUGAAGAGGAGUGGCACACCAGUGUGGGACAGAAGGAGCUACAGGCCCCCUCCCACAUUAAAGAGGAGCAGCUUCAUGAUGAAGAUGAAGCUCAGUCCUUACAGCUUCAUCACAGUCAAAGUGAGGAGAACAGAGGGGCGGAGCUUGUAAGUCAACACAUCACAGAAGCUGAUGGAGAGCAUUGUGAAGAUAUCAAGUCAGAACCAGACAGCAUCUUUGCUCCACUGUCAGACAUGGACCACAUGAUGUCACACUCUUCUGAUCACAGUGACCACAUCCAAAAACCUUUGGAGAGUAAAAAUGACUCUAAAGGUGAUACGAGACAUCACACUAACAACAAACACUUUGACUGCUCUGAAUGUGGGAAAUCAUUUACAUGGAAGAGUGAUUUUACAAGACACAUUAGAAUACAUACUGGAGAGAAACCUUUUACUUGCUCUGUUUGUAAGAAGAGUUUCUCCAGAAAGGAACAAAUGACCAUACACAUGAGAACACACACAGGUGAGAAACCUUUUACUUGCUCAGCUUCUGAUCACAGUGACCACAUCCAAAAACCUUUGGAGAGUAAAAAUGACUCUAAAGGUGAUACGAGACAUCACACUAACAACAAACACUUUGACUGCUCUGAAUGUGGGAAAUCAUUUAGACAGAAGAGGGAUUUUACAAGACACAUGAGAACACAUACUGGAGAGAAACCUUUUACUUGCUCUGUUUGUAAGAAGAGUUUCUCCAGAAAGGGGGAUUUGACCACACACAUGAGAAUACACACUGGAGAGAAACCUUUUACUUGCUCUGUUUGUGCUAGAAGAUUCAACACGAAGAAGGAAAUUAUAUUCCACACGAGAACACACACAGGUGAGAAACCUUUUACUUGCUCUGUUUGUAAGAAGAGUUUCUCCAGAAAGCAACGCAUGACCACACACAUGAGAACACACACUGGAGAGAAACCUUUUGCUUGUUCAGCUUGUGCUAAAAGAUUCAACAAUAAGACGGGAAUUAUAGUACACAUGAGAACACACACUGGUGAGAAACCUUUUACUUGCUCUGUUUGUAAGAAGAGUUUCCCUAGAAAGCAACUCAUGACCACACACAUGAGAACACACACAGGUGAGAAACCUUUUACUUGCUCUGUUUGUAAGAAGAGUUUCUUCUGUAAGCAUAGCAUGACCACACACAUGAGAACACACACUGGAGAGAAACCUUUUGCUUGCUCAGCUUGUGCUAAAAGAUGCAACACUAAGUAUGACAUGAAAUCACACAUGAGAACACACACUGGAGAGAAACCGUUUAGUUGCACUGUGUGUAAUAAGAAGUUCAGGUAUAAGUAUCAGGUCAGUAAACACAAGUGUGUAACAGUCAUGGAAGCUGCAGGGAUGUAAAAACACUUAAACAGUGAUUGUGCUAAAUGUAGUUUAAAAACACAGCAUGUUUAAUAAGAAUGUAUAUUUGAUGUUGUAUGUAGUGCUUCUCAUCUUCUAGUCUUAUAUGUUGUCCUGUACUUACUUUUUAAGUUGUGUGCAUAUAUUGAAUAUUAAAUAUGUAGCUACUAUUUUUUUUUGUCAUUGUUAAAGAGAGGACAUCUUAUUUUCAUUUGGUUUUUUUCUACACAUUUUUUC